AUGAUUCUUCAACAAGAAGGCAAGCUACUAUACGACGAUGUAGCAAAUACGUUGAAUGUUAAGUACUUGAGACAUUUCAACCGGGGAAUCCAGAAAGAGAACAAGUAUCGUGGAAUUGUAACCGGAAAGUUGAAAGAUGGUGGUCAAAUCCGAAUUAUAACAUUGGAGAUGACCAUCCACCAGAUCCGACCAAAAUUGAGUCAAGGAAAUCCAAACUAA